UCAGUGGAUAUUAUGUAGAUGUUAAAUUUUUUUGAGGUUAUUUAUAAAUUAUGUUUUCACUCUAAAUAAAACUUUAAUUAGAAUCAAGAGUUAGUGCCUUAUUACUUAAUGCAAUGGAAGUUAGUGAGAUAUGUUCUAAAGACGAGAAUGAAUAUGACAUACAGAUCAGUAAACCAUAUUCCGAAGAUGCUAUAUCCUACCCGGCAUUGUUUACAAAUAGAACAUUAGUUGAACUGUGCAGCGCAUCAUGGUGCCGUACUAAAAAUCUGACCUCAGAAAGUACACAGCCAUAUGUAAGGGGAUGUAAGUGGUCUCCAGAUGGUACAUGUUGUCUGUGUGUGGUUAAUAAUGAUGGAGUACAGGUUAUGGAAUUGCCCCGAGAUCUUUACGAGGGCGACGUUAGUUCAAAUAGGACGAUAAAUAUUUUAGAACCAGUAAUCCAUGUUAAGGAAGCGGGCUUGAUGUAUGAUUUUUGUUGGUAUCCUGGUAUGAAUAGUGCAGUUCCUGAAAGUUGUUGUUGGAUAACAACAAAACAGAAUGCACCAAUACAAAUGUGGGACGCCUUUGAUGGUUCCUUAAGAUGCUCUUACAGAGGUUUUAAUGCAGUAGAUGAAAUGGAACCUGCAGUGUCAUGCAUUUUCUCUGCUGAAGGUACCAGGAUAAUUGCUGGCUAUAAAAAGUUUUUGAGGACUUUUGAUGUUGACAGGCCUGGCAGAGAAUUCAGUGAACACAAGAUAAAUUCUCCAGCUUCCUGUUUUGCUACCAACAGUAACUUGCUUGCAGUAGGAUCAUGGAACACAAGUAUUUCACUAUACAAUGUGAAUGAAAUGGGCACAUAUAAAAGUAUAGGAAAAAUGCAUGGUCACUCAGGUGGAAUUACUCACAUGAAAUUUACGUCUGACGGUCUCAAAUUAAUAUCUGGGGCCCGUAAGGACCACAGACUGCUCGUGUGGGACAUAAGAUAUUAUCGAAGACCUCUCAACAUUCUCAGCCGAAUUGUGGAGACAAACCAAAGGAUAUACUUUGAUGUAUCACCGUGUGGUAAAUACUUGGUCACCGGUGGCACAAGCGGAGUAAUAAAAGUAUGGGAUGUGAAUAAAAUUAAUUGGAAACAAGAAUUAGAGGCCAUGGAUACGAAGGAUAAUGUUACUUUUCAAUUUCCACUACACAAAGACUGCUGUAAUAGUAUUUCUAUACACCCGUGUAGACCCAUAUUGGCGACUGGUUCCGGACAGUAUCACUUCGCAGACCCGACUACUAUGGAUGGCGAGAGUAAUGACGAUGAACAUAUGAAAUAUUCAAAACAGGCCGAAAACAGUUUAGUGUUCUGGUGGAUUGGUGAUGUCCCUGACUUAGCAUAAUGUUUCUCUUAAUUAGGCAAUAAAUAAUCUUAAAUA